AUGCACCCGAGCUGCCACAGGCCCGUGGCCACCUACCCCGACAAAACGGGCGAGCAGGUGGAGAAGGAGCUGCACGAUGGCCUGGAGGAGGGCAAGGAGCGCUUCAAGGACCUCAACGACCGCUUCGCCAAGUACAUCAACAACACCAUCCUCAACCUGCUGCGCAAGAACAAGGACCUGCUGGCCGAGCUCAAGCUGGCCGAGAAGGAGGAGAACGGCCGUGUCGAGGCCAUCUUCCAGAAGGCCAGGUGCGACCUGAAGCUCCGGCUGGAGGAGCAGCAGAAGGAGCUCAACUGCCUCAAGGCGGACAAGGAGAAAUACAAGAAGAGAUUAGAAAAAGAAAUUCAACUAAGAAAGGAGUCUGAAAAAGAUUAUGAAGAAUUAAGGAAGAAAAGUGAUGAAACCAAUGUUGCAGUAGAUAAACUUCAGCGUAAGGUCAAACUUAUGGAAAUACAACUCUCACAGUUGGAAGAUAUACGUGACCAAGAGCGCAUUUACUGGCAGAAGAAGGUAGAGCACAUACAGAACCUUGAGCAAGCAGAUACAAACAGAGCAGACCUAGAACAGGUUCUGAAAGAGAUUCAUGCAGAAUAUGAACAACUCGCUAAAAAGAAUAAAGAGGAUAUGGACAAAUAUAAGCAAAAGUUUGAGGAAGCAAACAGUACUGCACUGCAAAAUGCAAAGAAGGAACUUGAGUGCUAUCGUAAAGAGGUGAAUGAGCUAAAAUUGAAAGAUGAAUUAAUGAAGAACUCACUGUUAGAAAAGGACAAAGAUAUAUACAGACAAAAAGAAUGCAGUAAAGUACUGGAAAAAAGGAUUGUCCGUCACUCAAGUGAAUAUCAGGAACUAUUAAAUAUGAAGACACAGCUUGAGCAAGAGAUUGCUGCUUACAAAAACUUACUGGGUCAAGUGGAAAAGAAAGCAAGGGACUAUACUUCUCAGCCCUCUAUAGCUGAUAAAGAAGCUGAACCUAGAGACACGACUGAGACAUGUAUAAUGUCGUCAUCUGAUGAAGACAAGGAAUCUGAGGAAAAUGAAGACUUGUGUGCCCUUGAUCAAGAUUAACAGUAGAAAAUGGAAUGGCAAGCAGAUCUGAGUGCCUUUCAUAGAUUCACAGUUACAUUGUAUAAAAAGUGCUCUAAUCUCAAAUACAUCACCAGAAA